CUUCACGGGAGGGAGGUUCUUGCUUUGAGGUUAUGGACCCAAUGAAAGGAGCGCAGGAUGUCAUUAGAUGUGACGUCUGUACAGACAAUGAGCGGGAAAAAUCGCCAGCGGAAGUCCACUGCAACACGUGUCACACUAACGUCUGCAGCCCUUGUGUCGCCAGGCACAUGGCAUUGGAUAAAUCUAAGAAACACGAUAUAGUUCUCUUCCAUGUUGCUAGCUCAGAAAUUAUUUUGCCAUCAUGUUCUUCUCAUCCCCAAUUAAAAUGCGACUUGUUUUGCAAGAAAUGUUCGAUUCCGAUUUGUCUCAAAUGUCUCUUCUCCAACCACAACAGCCACACUGUGGAAGAAGUAACAGAGUUGUGUCAAAAAGUCUACAAGGACAUUCAAGACGAAACGAAGGAAAUUCAACAGCACAUCAUACCAGCUUUUGAAAAAAUUUUAGGUGAGGAGGAUGAAAAACUCAAAAAACUGAAUGAAGCAUACGACAAAUUGGACUCAUCUGUUGAAGAGCAUGGUAAAUAUCUCUAUAAAAAAGUUGAUGCAGUUAUGUCCAAGUACAAAACCAAAGUCCAACAGAAGAAACAAGCAGACGCAAAGAUUCUACAACAGCAAAUGGAGGAAAUAAACGAAAUAAUGUCAGAAGCAAAACAAGCUGCUGUCAAGAACGAAGCCCUUUUAAAGUCAAAGAAUGCUUCAAGUUUGAUUGCACACAAAUCGGAAAAUGCGAAUCUAAGUAAAGUUCCUAAUCUGAGAAACGUCAUUCCUCCCGAUUUCACACCAAAGCCAAUUCCCUCAGAUCUUCUGGACAGUGUCUUUGGAGACAUAACAGGUUCCAAGAUUCUGUUCAAGAAAGGGUCCUUUGUUCAACCAAACAAUAACCAAGUAGCCGCUGUUGGUGCAUCCACAGACAGGGUGUUGUCUACAUUCCCUGCUCCCUAUAAGCAGCUUUACAGACUAGCCUGUACACGUUCUGGACAGUUGUGGACAAGUGGAAACGAAAGCACAUUAAGGUGUCUGAAUAUGCAGACGGGUUCUGUAGUGGCCACUGCAGUCCUUGAUCUAAAUCCCAUUGCUUUAUGUGUCAAUACAGCUAAUGAGCUGUUGAUUUGUGACGGCAUUACAGUUUACAAACGAGAGUUGACGGGAGUCAUAGCGCCAUGUUUCAGUGCUCCUUUCGGAUGGAAUACCGAGGCUUUGGCGAAUUCUUCAUUUGCAGAGUCAAAUGGGUUUUUCGUGUUCCUUAGGCGUGAUGACAACAGACAAAGUAAAGUUCAGCGAAUAGUCAAUGGCCAUGUCCAAGGAGAAUAUCAGUAUGACGAAAAUGGCAAAGAACUGUUCAACUCAAACUGCUACGUUUUCUUUCUUGCUGAAAACCGAAAUGGCGAUAUCUGUGUAUCGGAUACAGCAUCUUUGGUCGUGUUGGAUAGAAGGGGCAAAUUCAGAUUUAAAUACCACGGUAAGGUAUUUGAUACUUUCGACAAGCCCUUCCUACCGAGAGGCGUUUCUACCGACUCUCAGGGAAAUAUCUUUCUGGCGGAUCUGGACAAUAGAUGUAUACAUAUGUUGGAUAAGGAUGGGCGAUUCGUUCGCUAUAUUACAUGCGGAGGGUCGUUAGAUAAGCUGUGCGAUGUGAGCUGCAACGAAAAUGGACGACUAUGGGUUGCGGAAAGACUUACUGCUAAUAUCAAAUGUAUCGAGUAUCAUCUGUAAAGGAAGUGGAGACUCGUCAUAAUGUGUCACAGACACUGGCUUAGAGAUUAAUGAAUUUUUUGAUAACGUGUAUUUGAAAAAAAAAUCAUCGGUACAUUGAAAAUGAAUUUAAAAAUAAA